AUGAGUCCGCAAAAGACCAGUCCGGUCUCGGAUGCCCCCACUCCCGCUCCGGUACCAGUUCCGGUCCGGACCAACUCUCGGAGUAGUGAAAGCGACCAAGAUGUCGUUGAUCCAGCAGAAUUCGAGGCCCUUUCGAGAUCUUUGACUACUGGUGCUCACUUUUUGCAGCCCGAGUCACUGGAAAGUGCUAUGCUGAGGCCCUCUUCCUAUAAGGCUAGCCAUUACCUUCACCGUGGUGCAGACGAGGAGGAUCAGGGGGUGAUAACCGAAGACGACGGUGAGAGUGAGAUCUCAACGGACUUGGAUGAUGAAGGGCCUAAUGAAGAGACCCCUCUUGUUCGUCACCAGAGUCGCCGUCUUUCUCUUACGGGAAGAUCAAAUAUCUCGACUGAUACUCCGCCUUCGCCAUUCUUGAACAAUACGUCGCCUACACGCUUCUGGUUCAUCUUCUCACAGAUUUUGGCUGCUUAUUUUAUAUCAUGCUUUGAUGGUACUAUCAUGGCCAGCUCUCAUCCUGUUGUGUCAUCUUAUUUCAAUGCUUCCAACUCUGCCUCAUGGUUCUCGACCGCUUUCCUCCUGACAUCCUCUGCUUUCCAGCCUCUACUGGGCCGUCUCUCUGAUGCUUUGGGCCGAAAGCCGCUUUUCGUAGGAGCGAUGGGUAUCUUCGCAGCAUCCAUCACUUGGUCUUCGCUUGCCGGUAGCAUUGAGAGUUUUAUCAUCAGCCGAGCCUUCUGUGGAAUAGGAGCUGGAGGUGUGAUGACACUAGGUUCGAUCAUCGUAUCCGACUUGGUUCCAAUUGAGAAUCGUGGUGCCUAUCAGUCAUAUAUCAACAUGAACUAUGGUGUAGGAUCCUCUCUAGGUGCUGCGACUGGAGGUUACAUUGCAGAUUCUCUCGGCUGGAGAUGGGAGUUUGGUAUCCAGGUUCCACCACUUUUGAUUUGUAUGGUCGUGGCGUGGAUCGCGAUUCCGGAUGACUUGGGUAUUCAGGGACAGAGAAAGAGUGUCUGGCAGGCCCUCAAAGAGUUCGACUUUCGAGGCUCUUUGCUCUUGACUACAGCCAUCACAUCCGUGAUUUUGGGCCUGACUCUUGGAGGCAAUGUUAUGCCAUGGUCACACCCUCUUGUCAUCGCGAGUCUCGUGUCCUUCGCUGUUACUUUCCCCUUAUUCCUCUGGGUUGAGUCGUGGGUUCACAAGCCCAUCAUGCCCCUGCAUCUCCUCCACCAAGCCCCAAGAGCGAACCUUGUUGCUUCGAACGCAAUUGCCGCCCUCAUUGCAAACUCGAUUCUGUUCAAUAUUCCUCUUUAUUUCCAGGCAGUUCUCCUCACAACUGCUACCUCAUCUGGUCUGCGACUUAUCAUACCAACCAUCGCUGCGUCUACAACAGGCACAUUCACCGGAUUCGCUGUCACCUAUACAGGAAAGUUGAAGUGGCCCGUUCAAACUGGUACCAUCUGCACUCUCAUCGGCACGAUUGGUCUUGCAUUACUCAAACGCGAUCUGCCUUCAUGGGUCUACCUCUUUAUCCUUCUGCCAUCGUCUAUUGGUCAAGGUUUCCAGUUCCCUGGAACAUUCAUGGCCAUUCUCGCGGCGUCUGAUCAGUCUGAGCAAGCUGUCGUAACAAGCACGCUCAUGCUCUGGCGCAGUCUCGGUCAAGUCCUGGGAGUGGCGAGCAGCUCUCUCGUUGUGCAGAAUGCACUGGUUCAUUACUUGAAACAGUUCGUAACUGGAGAAGACCGUGACGAGGUCAUCCGCCGCGUAAGAGAAUCAGUCGAGGAGAUCAUCAAGCUCGAGCCCAAGUACCGCGAACAGGUCAUCUCGAGCUAUGAGGCGGCUCUACGACUUACAUUCAUCUGCUGCAUUGUUACGGCAUUGGCGUCUGUUCUUAUGGUUGCACCCAUAAGGCUGCCUCGAUUGGGUGUGCGAAAGCACAAAUAG